UGCUACGGAAGCAGUGACGUGUUCACAUUGGGGGCGACCUGGAGCUCGUAGUGACACAGCGGCAGCCGCGGAAACAGAAUGUCAGAAGGGGACAGUGCUGGAGACUCGAUCCAUGGGAAGCCAUCGGCCAUCGGAACCUUUUUCACGCGGGUGGGACAGAUUUACCAGUCGUGGCUAGACAAGUCAACACCAUUCUCAAUUGGGCGAUGGGCAGUGACUGUUCUUCUAGCUGCCAUAUACAUGAUAAGAGUGUACAUAUUACAGGGUUGGUAUAUAGUUACAUACGCUUUGGGAAUUUACCACCUCAACCUGUUCAUUGCAUUCCUGUCACCAAAAGUGGAUCCGUCACUAUUGGAUGAUCCAGAUGAAGGACCUGCUUUGCCUACGAAGCAAAAUGAAGAAUUCAGGCCUUUCAUCCGGAGGUUGCCUGAGUUCAAAUUUUGGCAUUCUGCAACAAGAGGCAUUGUCAUUGCAAUGAUCUGCACAUUCUUUGAGGCCUUCAACGUUCCAGUUUUCUGGCCAAUACUCGUCAUGUACUUCAUCAUGCUGUUCUGCAUCACCAUGAAGAGACAGAUUAAGCAUAUGAUCAAGUACAGAUACCUGCCAUUCACACAUGGAAAAAGGACAUACAGAGGCAAGGAGGACACAGGGAAAACUUUUGCUAGUUAAACAAUUUCUGAAAUGACAAAAAGUCAUAAUCAAUAAGUGGUGGGCAAGGGAUGGGAUAGAAAUAAAAAAUAAGUCAUGGAAAAGAGCUUUGAUCCACUGUGACAGUGUUUGGUAGAAGGGAAGGUUGUGUGAGCAGAUAAUGCUUGCUUUGAUUGAAAGAAUAUGGUGUGUGUGCGCUAUGGAGAAAUUGGCAUCAGUUAAAUUUUUUUGUGGAUGAAUGCAGUGUAUUCUUCGCCUUGCUGUGUGGUAAUGAUUGUACAGGAGUUUGUUUAGUUAUAGAUUGCUAUGAAUCGCCCUUGUGCUCUGCUCAGCACUGUCUCAUUGGUGACAUUCUUCUCGUGACAUUCUGUGAUUUAUUGGGGGGGGGGGGGGGGGGGCUGCAUUUUUAUCCAUAACCUCUGGUCAAGUCAUGAUCCAACCAUUGUGGCUUCUGUUAGUCUAUUGAUUGAAAAAUCAUUAAUGUAGAAGAGAAUUCUAUUAGAUCUAUAUGUAUUACUCAUGUCAGUUAUUUAUUACAGUUUUGUCUGUCAAAAGACUCAGAGUUUACCAUAAUCAGCACAUACUGAUUUUUGCCUUGGUAAUAACUUAUUUGGCUGUAUCAUCCAGACCACUGCUGCAGGCAUCUGACACGAUCACUUACACCUCCCAUCUCGCUGAACAUUAGCAUAAAUAGUUUCUUUAAGGUAUUGCAGUCUGCCCAGAUAGAGUGGAGCUCGAGUGCCAAAAUGGAGGAAGUAAUUGGAAUCCACACUGUCCUACUCCUCCUGUAGUCGUUUAUAAUGCUUCAGUGCAGCCAGACUCGUGCCCUUCUGUUCUCUCACCGCUCGCUGUAGGUUUGGCCACAUGUCACUUGGCAAACUGAGAGUGCAACUGUGCAGCUCAUUUUACCUCAUAGUCCCUGUGCUAAGCAAAUCAUUCCCCCUAGAUUAGUAUUAACUCUCUCAUCGUGGUCUGAUCUCAUGUGAAAUGAAGUACAACGCAGGGUUUUACUUGCGACCAGAAGAGAUUUUUCUUUUUCUUUUUUUUAAAUCCUUUUUUUAUUUUUAUUUUUACAAUGACCUUUUACCUACCAAAGAUCUAAGUAGGUACUGUUCAGUUAGUUUUCUUUAAAAGACCAGAAUUUAGUUACAUAGCUAGCUGUGCUAUAAAUCUUCGGGGAGGGGUCCAUUCCAUUAAGGUAGCAUAGAGUCCAGUAGAGUCAUGUUAAUUUUUUGGCAACCUGUCAUUAUUUUUUUAUUGUAUCUAAUCAUUCCAGACAAAAACAUUUUCUCCUUUCUCUCUUUCUUUGCAGAGCAAACAUAAGACAAGUUGCUUUCUUUUAGUUUUGGGGUCUUGCACAUUGGAGAGGGAUAUAAAGAAUUUUUAAACCAUUUUUGGGGCAGUUUUAUUCAAGGUUUUGUGAUAAAAUGGCUUGUAUUUGAAAACCUGGGAGAAAAUCUGAAAACCUGGAUCACCACUGUAGAGAAGGAUCAAAACAUUCUUUUUCCUGUCAAAGUGCAUCAUGUUUUCAAAGGGUUUUAUUGAUGAUUUCUGUAUUUUGAAGGUUAAAUACUUUGAAAUUAUUCUGAACACCUUUAAAGUAAAGGUAAAGUUUCAAAAUGUGGAAUUCAUAAUGUUCUCGAAAACAGUAAAUUCAGUACUGGCUUUAUAAAAUGUUUCUCAAUUGACAAAUUGCAUGUUUUUUUUUUUUCAUGUACUACAGGUUUAAAGAUAAAAGACAUGAUUUUAAUAUCUCAGUGUAAUUUUUCACUCCAAAUGCUAUUAAAGAGACAUUGUCCCUUUAAAUGUG